AUGAAAUACACUCCAGUUGUUCUAGCUUUAUUAACCAUGGGCUUGGUAAAAGCCGCAGGUGAAUUGAAGGUCGAAAAGUCCGAAGGUGACUACCUCGAAUGGAAAAAGGUAGCAGAGAAGGCAAAGGCCGUUGCCAAUGACAAGAAAAAGAGAUACGAAGAAAUUGUAGCAAAGUUAACUGCGGACGAAAAGAAACUUCCUGAGGCUGAAGUUGCAAAGCUCACUGCUGGGAUCAAAUCGGUCACCGAUGAGGUCGACAAAAUUACAGCUCUCGAAUCAAAGGAAUACAAGAAAGACGCUGAUUCCAAGGCAAAGGCAGCACUAGGAGAAAAGACUGGAAAAUUGGCAGUUGUUUUGGCCGAAAAGGUCAUUGAAUUAGAAGGUAUCACCAAGAAGGCAGACCUCGUAGUCCAAAAGGAAUUAGUCAAAACCCACGGCCACAUCAAAAUUCUUGAUUUCUUGAGAUCAAAGGUCGAGGCCUUAGAGAAGGAUGGAUUUUUAACCUCUUCCCUCCUUUCAGCUUUGGCUCUUUCAGCUUUGGCUGUAGGUGCAACCUUUAAUUAG